AUUUAUUCAGUCUCCUUUCGUUGCCUCCCCUCCGCGCUCCUCUCGUCGGAGCUCAGACCUUCGCCGGAAGAGAGAUCAAAAUUCACCGGCAGAGGCUUGAACCUGAAAGAAAGAGGUGAAACAAUGUCGUCCUCGGAUUCCGGCUCCGAUGAAGCCAUGACGGACGCCCAGCAGCAGAAGGGAUUCGUAUCGGCUCUGGAGAUGCCAGACGUCCCGUCUCAGAAACUCCAGCCACACCUCGAGCUUCGCAGAACUCGAGUUCUCUGUAAUGCCGACGCUCCUGACAAUACAGAUACUAUACAGUAUUCGGGAGCGUAUGCAUCCAUGGGGGUCGAUAACAGUUUGCGGCUGGAUCAGUUCGCCAACAACUUCAGAGUCGAGGUGAAGCGGCUUACUGAGGAUGAAAUGGAGUUUGACAUGGUUGGUAUUGAUCCUGCAAUCGCCAAUGCUUUUCGGAGGAUCCUGUUGGCCGAGCUUCCGACUAUGGCUAUUGAGAAAGUUCUGAUCGCGAAUAAUACAUCAGUUAUUCAGGAUGAAGUUCUUUCCCAUCGCUUGGGCCUUAUUCCCAUCAAAGUGGACCCGAGGCUGUUUGAUUAUUUAUCAGAGAAUGAUAAGCCCAGUGAGAAGAACACCAUCGUUUUUAAGCUCCAUGUCAAAUGUGGAAAAAAAGGACCCCGUAUGACAGUGACAUCAGAUGAACUGAAGUGGCUGCCCAGUGGGAGCGAGCUGCUCAAGGCAUCUGAAGAUUCAAACUCCAGCUCAAGAGCGGAGACCUAUACUUCAUUUACCUGCAGCCAGGAUUCCCUGCCGGAAUUCUCGAGCAAUCCGAUCACCGUGUACCCUGACAUUAUCGUUGCCAAACUUGGGCCCGGGCAGGAAAUUGAGCUAGAAGCACAUGCAGUUAAAGGCGUGGGCAAAACACAUGCAAAAUGGUCCCCAGUGGCUACUUGUUGGUAUAGAAUGCUUCCAGAGGUUGUGCUGACUCAACAAAUUGAAGGCAAGACAGCUGAAGUGCUUAAAAAGAAAUGCCCAGUUGGUGUAUUUGAUAUUGAGGAUCUCGGUGAUGGUAGGACGAGGGCUACUGUUGCUAAGCCGCGAGCAUGUACACUUUGCAGGGAGUGCAUAAGAGACGGAGAGGAGUGGGAAAAGCGCAUAUCAUUGCGUCGCGUGAAAGAUCACUUUAUUUUUACCAUCGAAUCAACUGGAGCAUUACCUCCUGAAGUUCUUUUCACAGAAGCUGUGAAGAUCUUGGAGGACAAGUGCGAACGAGUGAUCAGCGAUCUCUCUUGAGGCCUACUGCUUUUUCAUCGCUUGAAGGAGUAGAUUGUACCAAGGGUCUCAUUUGUCAUUCGGGCUGAAGAAAUUUUCCCAUACGCCGUGUACUAUAUGAGUUAAUUCGAUCUACUGGGCACCACCAUGGUAGAGCUGCUCAUAGUUUGA